AUGUUUUUAUUAUUAUCUAACGCCGUCACUUUAAGACGAGAUAAGUCUAUACUUUUCAGUAGAGUAGCUAUUUUAGUUUUACUUUACUCAUUUAUACUUGCCUUAAAUACCUUAUAUAUAAGCAAUUUAGAUAGAGGAAUUGGUUUAUUUGGUGGUUUAUUUCAUGCAACCAGUACGACACAAAAUUUCCAUAUCUUUAUAUUUCUAAUAAGUGCGGCAAUUUUACAGUUAAGCGGUUUUUACCCGAGAAGAGUAUGAAUACCAGAGUAUUCUACAAUAAGUAAGUUAUUUUUAUAUAAUUUACGGUAUUAUAGAACCCAAAUACAAGAUAAGAUGGGAGAACAGUUUAAAAUAAUUGAAUAUCCUUUAAUACUACUCUUCAUUAUAACUGGGGCGGUAUUCUUAAUAUCAAGUAGUGAUCUAGUUUCUAUAUUCCUCUCUAUAGAAUUACAAAGUUAUGGUUGUGCGCCGAGUGAGGCGUAUGUUGAGGAGAUAAUAUACAAUAUUUAUUCUAUAUUAUUAUCGAGUAUAUUUGGCUCUCUUCUUUGAGGAUACUCGCCACGGGUAAUCGUGUGUGUCGAUGCUAAUAACACUACACAUUUCAUAGCAGAUUACAAAUGCGGGAGUAAGAAUGGACUGCCCCAAUCUGAUACUUCCGUAAGUGGGGAUGGUCAUGGACAGGUUAACAAACUUGAUACGUGUAGAGUGGCCCAGCUUGGCCUAAAUGUUCUAAGCAGAAUAAUGCAGCAUUUAAUAGGGAUCCUAAAUGUUUCUAGUAGUAGACCGUAUACCAGAAAUUGCCAAAAACCCUAUGCUUACUUCUACCUUGAAGACGAAAACGCGCAAGGUCCUAAAACCAUCAAUUCAAACACAUACAUAUCGCAACCUCGGGAUCUAACCGCCUAUGAAUAUAAUAUAUAUUUAAUGCGGGGACGGAGCUUCCAUAAUAGCAAUUUACAUGCAAAGGGAAGCAGUCAGAAAUCGUCAACUCUCUUCAACCAUGACUCUAGUAAUAAAGACGCAGAGUCUCUCAACUUAGAAAUAAGCAGCGACUCUAUAACGUCCGCUAGUUCGUGAGCAAACAAGGAGUUGGACAAAUAUAAAACGGGUAAAAAGUAUAAUGGUAUAAUGAACAUCUUAUCUAACCCUACAUUUCUUCAGGCUUGCUAUUUAGAAAUAAAAAGUAAACCUGGUAACAUGUCCAAAGGAAUCUCACCUGAAACCCUUGAUGGUAUAAACCUCGGAUGAUUUGAGAACAUAGCUUCCCAAAUACAUACGGGAAAAUUCAAAUUCUCCCCUACUAGGAGGGUAUUAAUACCUAAACUUGGGAAAACCGAACUGAGACCAUUAAGUGUCGGAAACCCUAGAGAGAAAAUCAUCCAGAAGGCCCUUACGGUACUACUGGAAGAAAUAUGAGAAAGAGAAUUCUCAGAAAACUCUUACGGUUUCAGACCGGGUAAAUCCUUACAACAAGCACUAUUUCAACUAUAUCGGAAUGGAUCACCCUAUCAAUGAGUCAUACAAGGAGACAUAUCGAAGUGUUUCGAUAAAAUCCCACAUGACGUAAUCAUGAGCAGGAUAGAAUCCCGUAUUAAAUGUGACAAGACAUUGCAAUUAAUUCGAAAGUCCCUCACAGCAGGAUAUCUAGAUCCUAAGACAUCACUACUGAUAAAACCCACGGAAGGAACUCCCCAAGGAAGUGUCCUUAGUCCAUUAUUAGCCAAUAUCGUCUUAAACGAACUGGACCUAACCAUGGACAGGAUUAAAGAUCUCUAUGAAAAGGGUAAGAAACGAAGCAGAAACAAGGAAUACGACAAACUAACCUCAAGAAUACAACGUCUCCAAAAAUCCCACCCGGGAUCCGCGGAAAUAAAGAGUCUUGCUCAGGAAAGAAGAAACAUCCCUAGUUCUGAUCUUAACGACCCCAAUUAUAAGAGAUUGAUGUAUCUUAGGUAUGCCGACGACUUCGUAAUCCUAGUCACAGGUACAAUGGAUGAUGCUAAACAUAUCAAACAUUUAGUGGCUGAAGCAUUACAAAAGAAAUGUGGACUAGAAUUACAUAAAGACAAGACAGCCAUCACUGCAUGCAGAGACGGAUUUCUCUUCUUAGGAGCUUGGUGCAAAAAGAUAUCCAGCCUAAGAGCAGGACUAACCACAAAUACACAGGGUAACCCAUCCAAAUAUAGAAUGAGGAUGAGAAUCGAAAUUCCUGUAAAUAACUUAAUUAAUAAGCUAAAUACAAACAAAUUCGUUAUUCUCAAAGCCAACGGAAUGCCUUCGGCGACAGCCAGAAAGGAUCUUGUAAACUUUUCCCAUUACGAAAUAGUGAGUUUCUAUAAUCAGCGUAUCCAAGGACUGACUUCAUUUUAUAGCUUCGCGGCUAACUUAACUAGUUUAAGGAAAAUAAUAAUGUUCUUGCACUUAUCCUGUGCCCUUACACUUACACUUAAACACAAAUUAAGAACUCAACGUAAAGCAUUUGCUAAGUUUGGUCGAUUGCUAAGAGAUCCUGAUACAGGGAUCCAACUGACCAUACCCACUACACUGAAAGUAAAACACUCAUACAGCGGAAUUGAUCAAACUGAUCCUCAGGACAAUCUAAAACAAUCGAGAUACGCCAAAUUAACGAAAUCUAGCCUAAAUAAGAAAUGUAUCGUUUGCCAAACUUCAAAUAAUGUCGAAAUGCACCACCUGAGAAAGGUAAAGGAUGUGAAAAAUAAAAUUAGAACUGGAAACAGCACCUAUGCACAAUGGGUGGGGACAUAUCUCCGAAAGCAGAUACCUCUAUGCACGUAUCAUCACGACCUUUUACACAAAGGUGACUUAAAUUACUCAGACAUGACCAAAAUUAGAAGUUAUACUACAUAACCCUUACAAUAUUUGGAAUGAAUCUGAUGGAGAGCCGUAUGAUGGGAAACUAUCACGUACGGUUCGGAGGGCAGGGUAACCAAUCCACUGACCCUACUAUACUUACUUAGUACAAUAUAUCGAAAUUCAGAAUUAG